UGACUAUUCCUAGGAUCAGGAUCAGAGGAGGUCCUAAUCAAUCAUCAGAAGACAAGAAGAGAGUUCAAGUCGCAGAAGAAGCAGCUUUGAAGGAACUGGAGGGCCGAAAGAGACAGAAACGAGACCAAUCAUUCUUCCAAUAUGCUAGUUGCUACUAUUACUAAGACUGGAUCUACUGCAGAUCAUUAUCUUUUUCGAGCACAAGCAGCUGAACCUCCUGUCGGAGAAGGGUCUGGGCCAAGCCAUCCAGGAGUAUGUGGACAAGGAGGAGAGAGACGCCAUCGCUGAACUGGUCAAGUUUCAACUGGAAGGGACCCAGGGACAUCUGAAGAACAGAAAGACUUCAGACACUUUCAUCCUUGAGGAGUUAAAACAUUUCAAGGAGCAGAGGAAGAAGAUGUCGGAGGCCGACCAAUCCAAGGAAGUCAAAGCGGCGAUGGAGAAAGCCAAGGAGAAGCGACUCCAGCGAGGAGGCGACUACAGUGAUGACGACCGAGACAUAUCCACUAUAGACUCGGAUGAUAGCGACCACUCCACAGCACCUUCAGGACGGGGCAGGGGAAGGGGCAGAGGGCGAGGCAGGGGGCGAGGUCAGGGGUCAACGGCACGAGGCAGCCGUGCUAGGGGAGGCAGGGCCGGGAGCCAGGCUGCAGGGAACCGGUCAAAGCAGAGCAUGUUGACGAGUAGUUUCGUCCAAGCGAGUAAACCAACGUCCAGAAAUUCCCGUACAUUUGGAGAUAGUGAUGAUUCUGAGGACGAGAGUGUUUCUUCCCGCGCCACCGCCUCGUCCACUUCAUUCAGAAAAAACAGCAACCAGAGGAAUGCAAAGAGAAGUGCAGUGCAGUUUCUAGACAGUGGUGACUCGGAGGAAGGAGAUGAAUUUGAUGAUUUCCCACCAAGCUCUCGGAGGAACAAGCCCUCAACAUCCAAGAGGGGCAGACGAUACUAAAGUCAAGGUAUAUCAACCAAUCAGAUUUGUGCUUGUAUAAUGCAGACCAAUCAAAUACCUUGUUAUAUCUGAAAUUUGGGAGGGAGUGUUUCCUGUUGCGCACAGGGACGCCUUGAAAAAGGCAGAAAAAUAGAUUUUGUGUCUGAAUUGCUAUUUUUUUCAAGCGCUACAAAUGAUAUUCACUUUUGAAUGAGGCCAGGGUUGAGAUUUGUCAGGAUUAUUUUACUGAUUUCAGGAUUUUUAAAGAAUCUUUUUUUUUGAAAUCGGGAAUUCCAGAGGUUUCACCAUAAAGGAGUUUUGACCUAUGAAGAAUUUGGUAUUUACAUGUAAAGGGUGCCUUGAGGCAAAUUUGUACAAACAUAUACCAUAGAUGCUGCAUUGCUCUUGGCCCUUGGCAACCCUCAAACCUUUGCUGAUAUUUCGUGGUUUGUUCAUUUUCCCCAAUCUCAACCCUGGACAUCAUGUGAAAACCACCGCCCACCUUUGGUUAUGGAGUAUUUUUUCCAGUGAACAAAUUUUAAUUAUUUUGCAAACUGGCAAUAGUUCAGGCUUAUCUUUUGUGCGUUAUUGGCUCAAAGGCAACCCAAAAAUAAAAGCAUGUUUUCAAAGGGUUGAAAAUGUCCAAAAUGCCAGGGGAAAAACAAAAUGCUUUUUGCAUAUAAAAUACAUCAUAAAAAUUGAAAGCUUAUUGGAAGAAAAAAUUUAACAUGUUGAACAGCAUGCGUGGAGCAAUUUUAAUGAAGCUUGCAAAAUGUGUCAACAUUUAUUUAUUGCAGGGUGUUAAAAACACUGGGCUGCGUUACAUUCUCAUGUUCAAUAGCGUGAACAGUAGCAAGGCCCUUGUGGACAUGCCAACUCCUAGUACAACCAAAAAAAUAAAAAAAUAAAAAUAUUGUUUUGUCAAAAUGGCAGUGCUACAUUGUUUUCAAGUCUCACUGUUGGGAAAGCAGCUUUUUUUUUAAUUCUUGAAACCUUAGCUUUAGUGAAAUAAUUUCACUUACGAUUUGAAUAAUUUAUUUGGGAGUUUUGAUGUAAAAACAGGCACAUUUUAGGCACGACAGAAGCAUGACAUUCAUUGCGUGGGAGUCGGCCAUUUUGGAAAAGAACAGCGAACGACUCGGAUGGAUCUUUCGUUGCUAACAUUUAAAAACUUGGUAGCAAACGAUCAUUCCCAUUUAAGGGCAAUGUUACCAAACAUUAGCAUUAUCCACAUAAUGAUGGUGUUUUCACGAAGUGCAAAAAACCUCAAUAUCCUGCAAUAAGGUCAUCCUGAGAUAAUCGCAUUUGGAAUUAAUCUUUUUUUUUUCAAAAGUCAUUUUGGACUAGUUUGCAGUUACAGAUUUGGGAAAUGUUGGCAUUGUCAAGUAAAGUAUGCUUUGUUCUUUGCUGAUUCAAGUUGUUUGUUAAAAAUCUCUCUUAAUUAAACAGUAAUUCAUUAAAGAUCUUUUACACUUUGCGAAAACACCCAUACACAGAGGCCUUUAUUAUUUUUCCCAUUACUUUGUACACACUCUCUGUCACUUUGUGAAAACAUAAAAUGUUUCGAGAAAUUGGUACAAACAUCAGUGCAGCCCACGCGAAUCUGUUUUUGAUCAACAUCGUUCGCUGCGCACGCGUCCAUUCCCAACCUAACACGUGUAGAGAAAGGCAUAAACCCUCUGGCCCUGCUAACGAGGUGACUGUUUCUCACUUCCUGAAAAAAAAACCCAAAAAACUGGAAAUUAAGUUUUUGUCAAAUGUUUGUUUACGAUAAUUACAAAAGUAAACAAUAUUUUGCUCUGAAAGCUGGUCAAAUUGUCCUUUUUGUCAAAUGCAAUAAAAUGGCCAGCAAAACUCCUCAUCAAAUAAUUAUCGAUUUUCCAAGUUUGUUGUCACUUUGUGAAAACACCGACGAUAAGAGCAACACGCCCCUGAGAACUUACUUGCAAAAAAACCCCCAAAACAAUCACUUGGUUACUAAAAUAGAAAAGAUCUUUUGCAACCAAAUUUCAAAACUUCCUGUUACAGAACCGAAAUGUACACUUGAUAUCAUUUCUAAACCUGAGGAAAUUUAAGAAAAAAACUGACACAGAUAAAAAACAGUCAUUUAAGACAAACUGUGCUGCAUCUUUGCUAUUUUUUAUUUCUCAUUUGAGAUAAAAAGGAUACAAUUGUAUGAAUGAAAAGAGUUCUUACAAAUUUUUUUUUUAUAGCUUUGAUUCCAGAUGACUAAAUUUGUCAUUCAGUCAUUCUUUUCUUUUAAACGACAACUCUUUCAUUCACGAUUUGUUAACUAUAAGAUCAAUUGAUGUUAUACAUGUAUAUUUGUAUUGCCGUAAAGUUGAUAUAAUUUUUGUCAAAUAUAAUCAUCACCAAUCGAUUAAAAUCUCAUUAAAUUUUGAUCAAAAAUUCUAUAACUAGGCUCCUGUAGUACUUGAUACACGUAGAGAAUGAUAAAAGAUUGUCAACUCGCCAACUUGGCCACAUUCCAGAGAAUGAACACGUUUUUACAGUGAAGUGAAAUAACUAAAUGUAAUCACAUUAUUUUUUUUCACAUUCACAUGCCAAUAUGUAACCUGUCACGACAAACUGAGCCAAAACUCAAAACUUUUGAAGAAUUGAGACAUUUUUCUGUCCGGAUUCUGCAGAACAAGAGCUUUCUACAUUUGAGGGUACUGAGUUCAGUAACGGAAAUGUAGACCACCAACUAAAAUUGAAGCUGUUCAACUACUUUUUGAGAAAAUGGCAUUUAAAAUUCCCGCAUUACAGCGAAUGCAUAAUCAAAUAAGAAACUGGGUUCAAAAUUGGAUCGGAAGAAGCUUGAUAGAACAAAAACAAUUGGGGAAAGAUAGAACCACCCUUUUAAAUGUCGGCUGCCAUUUUGUCAUCAUGUGACUGGUCAUCAUGUGACUCUGGCAUGCGUGCGGGUAAUGUUGCCGUCUCCGCAAGGGUGAAAAAAGGUACCAGUGCUCCAGUGAUCUGGUUGACCGGUAAAAUCGGAAAGUUGUGCGGCGGGCUUAUGUUUUCCACAAAAAAAGUCAGAUGCAUUGGACUUUUAUGGUGUCCUUCUCAAUAUUAAAUACCGGUAGUAAAAGAAACAUUUAGAGAUGUAUUAGUUUGUAUAAGAUCAAUUAUUCUUUCAUUGUUUUGAUUAAGAACAAUGCUACAAAGAUCAGGAGAGCCAGCAGAUUCUUCUUCAAAAUCCCUUUUUCAAUGUUUUACAAAUAUUAUUUAUAAUCAGUAAUGAAGUACUCUGUAUCGAUAAAAACUAUUGCACAACAUUUUAAACAUUGCACAGUUGUCGCAACUCCAAAUUCUCACCAAUCAAAAUUAAAAAUUCAACACAAUGAUACUUCAAAUUUGACCUUUCACAAUGACAAGACAAACUGAAUCUCUUGUUAACAGGCACUUCAUGUACAAUCAAAAAUUGGUUACAAAUCGGAAAAAAAGACAGGAAAAAAAGGUAAACUGUCGUAGAAUAAAGAGUUGUAGUUAACAAAAAAAGAAACUUCUUAAAAAAAACAAAAAUUUAAACAGGAAAGGGGGAUAGCAUAUAUUUUACAGCAUAAAAUUUGCUUAUAAAUGUAUAACAUUAUUUAAAAAAAAAUCAAGUUCAUGAAUGAUGCACAAUGUACAUUGUACAUGUACUGAUCCAAUUUUACCUAAAUAUUUCAAAAAGACGGUUUUCUAAUGACAUCACUCGGGUUUAUCAUAUAAAACUGCAACUUUCCCAACAUUGUUUCCACCAAGCUUUGACAAUCUAUAUCGUCCUUUUCCCCUUUUAUCAGAACUCCACGUUUUGCAAAUGUUACAAUCGCCAUUUUUUAUAUCAAUGUUUAAUUAUUGCUUACACAUCAUUUCAUUUCAUUUUCUUCUUUUAUCAGUAUAAAAUAGUGGAAAUUUUUGAUUAUAGUAGAACAAAUUUUGGUUAUAUUUUGUGUUGUUUUUUUAUAAUUUGAUAAGGUUGUACAACUUUUUUACAUUGGCAAACUUUAAGGAAAAUGUUGACGUUGUAGAGGGUUUAAGACUGUGCGUCCUGUGCACGGAUGUGGCUGUUUUGUGUUAAAAUGACUUUAAAGUUGCUCUCCCCAUGCUUUUUUCGAUACUCUUGAAUGUUUUUUUUCUCGUAAUAACUUUUUUUACUUUUAUAUUUUGUUCCAACGCAAAAAGUUCAAAUUUUUUUUUGAGUGUUCACAACCUUUUGAAGAAAAAAAAAACAGAUUUCAUUUGGGGCACAAAUAGUUUGCCUUUAUUAUGAGGUAACUGGUUCCCGGUCCAUACAUUAUUGAUACUGAAUGUGGGGCAGGAACCAGCCUACUAUGUGAAAAAGAAAUUUCAGGCAGCAAGUAAUGCAACAUUUUUAAAGUAAUUCAAUAACCAAAUGAAGGCCAAUUUUUUUUUUCAGUCGAUGUCUUAUUCAAAAGUGAAUGCCAGAAAAAUAGCAAUUUAGACAAGGAAUCUAUGAUUUGGAAUGAAACUCAAAAGUAGAAGGGAAAUUCAACCUAUAUGUAAUCUGCCAGUUAUAACGAUUUUUCAUUAAUAAAUUGUAAGCUCAAUUGCCUGUUAGAAGCUUUCUGUAGAUGUGAAAGGUUGCCCAAGCUUUCUGAAAACAUUGGGUACAUGAGGUUUGAAAACUCUUUAAAAAACUUUCAGGAGUUACAUCAUACCAGACUAGCAACUUUUCCUUGGAUCAGCCGAUUUCCGUUUGUUGUUACUUCACCCUUCAUGUACGCCUUCGAAAACACUGUAGAAGGUUGUGUAAAGCUUAGAAUUUUUUUGUGUGGUUGUAACUUUCCAAUUGCAUGCAUGAUGAGCGAGAAGAUAUCACAAGUGUACAGUUGGAAAGGGCAGAGUUCCUAUCAAGUGAGCCAC